UAUCAAAGUGAAAGAGCGAGAGAGAUAGAGAAUAAAGAAUAGAAACAUGGCGUUGGCGGUUAGUCUUAUUACAAGACGAGCCGUUCCAUUUUCGCGAAAUUAUCGACGACAUGUCGUGCGUGCCUACAACUCGUGGCGUGGUGGUGACGAUAGCCUUAAGAAGCUGAGAACCGGCAUUGGAAUACUCGCAGCCGGUUCACUGAUACUUAUUCUGACGGAGAAGUAUUCAAGAGUCAAUGUGGUGCACGCCUUGAAAUCACGAAAGCGAGAAGAUGAGCUACAGAAGGCCGUGAAACUAACGAUGAGGGAAAGAAGAUUUAUAAAGUUUGCAUCGGUCGAGUAUGAUGGACAACUGUAUAUGACUCCGCAAGAUUUUCUUGACAGCGUCGUUGAAUCCGAACCAAGACCGAGAUUGAAGAGACGAGUGUUGUCGGAUAAGGAAUUAGAAGUGAUGGGAAACGCCAUACCUUCGCUACGCCAUGGAAGUCCGCACAUGUUUCGAGGCUUGAGAGACAAGGGUAUAAUUUCUUACACGGAGUACCUGUUUCUUCUAUCCAUUCUGACAAAGCCAAAAACUGGUUUUCACAUUGCUUUCAACAUGUUCGAUACCGAUGGCAACGAGCGUGUGGAUAAGACAGAGUUCCUCGUGAUUCGACGAUUGUUGGGUGGAAGCUUGAAGAAACGUGAUCUAGACGAAACUACGAAACGUGCAUUGCAACAAAUACUGACACCGAAUGAAGAAGAAAAUGCAGCAAGUAUUAAACUUCGUAAUGCAAAUGAACGAACAAACGAGAACGAUACUUUCGUCCCUGGCUCUUAUAUGGAAAAAGUCUUUAGUCAUGCAUGGAGAGGACGUCAUGGUAUUGAAACGAAAAACGAGUUGGAACAUUUGAAUCAACGUCAAACAAGUCCAGAAGAAAUCCAAGGACAGUUCAUUAAUGAUGAUCAGGGCUUACAACGACGUCAUGCAGUAGACACAACCCUGAUGAUACAUUUCUUUGGAAAAGAUGGUAACUAUGAAUUAAAAUACGACGAUUUUCGUCGUUUCAUGGAAAAUUUGCAACACGAGGUAUUAGAAUUGGAAUUUCAUGAAUUUAGUAAAGGUCAUGAUACGAUUAACGAAUUGGAUUUUGCUAAAAUUCUUCUAAGAUAUACUCAAUUGGAUGUCGAAGAAUUUGACAAAUAUUUGGAUAGAAUGAUGGAUCGAUCUGAUUUAAACAUUGGUAUAACUUUUGACGAGUUCAGACGUUUCUAUCAAUUUUUAAAUAAUUUAGAUGAUUUUUCAAUAGCCAUGCAAAUGUAUACUCUCGCUGAUCAUCCAAUUUCUAAAGAUGAAUUUCAACGAGCUGUUAAAAUAUGUACCGGUGCUGUACUUUCUUCGCAUAUUUUGGAUACCGUUUUUGCGUUAUUUGACGAGGACGGUGAUGGACAAUUGUCCUACAAAGAGUUCAUUGCGAUUAUGAAAGAUCGGCUUAAAAGAGGAUUUAAGUCUCAGCCACGAACUGAAGGUCGCGAGGCAUUUAAAUAUUGCGUGAAACAAGAAAUGAAAGCACCUUGAAGUUAAAAACAUCAGUUCCCAAAAAAAAAAAAACAAAAAGACAAAAA